GUGUAAAAUCCUAAAUUAUUGCAAGAACUGCUUCAUAAAAAACAUGGUAAAAUUAUAGUUAAAAAUAUAAAAACAUGGUAAAGUUUCAAAAUUAAAUUACUACAUUUCGAAAUUAAAUUAAUUAUUUUGAUUCCCGUAACAUCAAUUAAAAUUAUCUUUGCAAAACAAAAUUCUAACCUACAACCUAAACAAAUUAAUUAAUUCAAAUUCUAAAAAACCCAAACAAUUCAAUCCAAAAUGAUUCGCAAGAAACCCAAAAAGCGCCCAGUCAAAUUAAGAUCAGACAUCAACCAACUAGGCUUCACGACUGACUGCUCAGCUAAGAGCUCGACCAGCAUAGAACAUGUCCAGUUUAUGGAGACCCCCACCACCAGCAGCGACUGGUGCAGAGGGGGGUCAGACGAGGACCGGUACCUCUUCAAGUCCAGACUGACUCCCAACCGCAAGUUCGACUCAUACGUGUCGUUUAAACUUCAUGACGAGAAGAGAGCCAGAAAGAGAACGUCAGUGAGAAGACAUUCUAGUGUGAAAGUAAAACCACCCCCUUCGCCCCCGCCACAGCAGUUGCCCAAUUUCCCGUUGCUGAAUAUUUAUGGACGAUGGGAACCGGUGAAAGACCCCAACGCGACCAUGAACUGGAAAACCUUCCAUCGUUUGGAUGUGAUAAACAAAUUCCUUAAUACUUUGGAAUACGAGUAUCCGUCUACUUGUAGUGUGUACAAUAUCGCCACCACGGCUGAAGGCAGACAGGUCAAACUGAUAAAAAUAUCUAACGGCAUAGUAGGUAACUACGGUGUGUGGCUGGACGCCGGGAUACAUGCGCGGGAGUGGAUCGGGCCCGCUGUGUGCACCUACGUCAUCGACCAAAUUGUACGGAACUACCAGACCUUGCCGUCCUAUUUUAAGAACAAAGAUUGGUACAUAGUCCCGGUGCUGAACCCGGACGGGUACGAGUACUCGCACACGACGGACCGCAUGUGGAGGAAGAACCGCUCCACGCACUUCGGCGUGCCCGGCUGCGGCGUCGACCUCAACAGGAACUUCAGUCUCGGGUGGGCCCCAGACAAGAACCAGCCAACUCACGCCAACUACCGCGGCCCGCAUCCCUUCUCAGAAGCAGAGUCUAUCGCUGUUCGAGAUAUGCUAUCGUCUGGUAUACCAUUUUCCGUGUACAUAUCGAUGCAUAGUUUUGGGCAGUUGAUUAUGUUCCCGUACUCCCACACUCGGCAGAUUUGUAAAAACUAUGUCUAUCUGCUCGAAGGAUCCACGUAUAUGUCUAAGGCAAUUUACGAGGCAACCGGCAUGCAGUACAAGGUGGGCAUCUCCAAGGACGUGCUGUACGGCGCGGCCGGCACCAGCGCCGACUGGGCGCACGGCCGCGGCCGCGUCCCCUACUGCUACACCAUCGAGCUCAGGAGCUACGAGCACAAGUUCGAUCUGCCUGAAGACCAGAUCGAGGAGUGCGCGCACGAGGUGUUCAUGUGCCUGCACGCGUUCAUGUCGUACUUCGACGCUAUUGGCUGGCAGACGAAAUUAAUUCCAUUAAAAUUAACAAGUAAAUGUUUAAUUGAAAAUAAAAAAGUGGCCCCACGACGGCGAAAAACUCAAGUAUGGGAGGCGAAGCUUACCAAGCUAGGCCAGCGCCGCUUCCUGAGAGUACUCGACACCGAAGGAGCUAUCAACAUAUGGAAGGAAGAGAGCAGCAGUGUGGACAUCAUGGUGGAUGGCAAGAGGGCUGCCUCCGUGGCCGGUCUGCUGCAUGAGAGGGAGAUCGCCUACUCGGUCGCCAUCACUGAUGUCGGCAACCGUCUCGACAGAGAAAAGAACAAGGAGUUAGCAACGCAAACUGAGAAUAAUAGCACUGCUUCUAUGGUGCAACAAGUGCCUACACAGAAGAUGGACUGGACCAACUACCACAGGUUGGAUGUGAUCUACGACUUCAUGCACGGUCUGGCACAGGAGUACCCGGACCUGUGCAGUGUCUGUGACAUCGGCAUGACCAGCGAGGGACGACCGAUCAAGCUGCUGAAGAUCUCCAACGGCGAGCCGACCAACACCGGCGUCUGGCUCGACGGCUGCAUCCACGCGCGCGAGUGGAUCAGCCCCGCCGUCGUCACCUACAUAGCCAAUGAAAUAGCUCGAGGGUUUGAUGAACAUCCCUGCCACUUGGCCACCAAGGAUUGGUACUUCCUGCCGGUGGUGAACCCGGACGGGUACGAGUACUCGCACACGACGGACCGCAUGUGGAGGAAGAAUCGCGCGCGCUUCGGCGAGUGCGUCGGCGUUGACCUUAACAGGAACUUCAGUAAAGGGUGGGGAGAGAAAGACGAAGAAGGCUCAUCUACUGAUCCGGGAAACAUUUUCUUUAGAGGUCCUGCACCAUUUUCUGAAAGUGAAAGUGCUGCUAUUAGAGACACAAUACUGAGUGCAGAAAAGCCGUUCUGCAUCUACCUGUCGUUCCACAGCUACGGGGAGGUGAUCAUCUUCCCGUGGGGCUACACGGCGGAGCCCUGCCCCGACUACGUGGAGCUGCUGCAGGGCGGCAGCAUCAUGGCUAAGGCGAUUUUAGGCGCACACGGUAACACAUACAAAGUGGGGAGCACAAAAGACCUUAUGUACUUCGCCUCAGGGACCAGUGUUGAUUGGAGCUACGCCGUCGCCGGCAUUCCCUAUUCCUACAUGAUAGAGCUACGGGACAAGCAUAACAGGUUUCUUCUGCCGAAGAACGAAAUACUUUUGACGUGCUCAGAGAUAUGGCAUGGCAUAGACAAACUGCUGGAAUACGUGGAUAAUAGAAUAGAGAAUGGUGAGCUACACAUUUGUAGCUGCAAGGCUCCUCCGGACCCCAAUAAGCCAAAAGAGCCAGUGACGCCCAGUAAUGGACGCAUCACCUUGGGUGAACUCCACUGCUCCAAAUGUAGAAAAAGAUAAACAAUAAACCAAAUGAUUAAUUCACAGUA